CUACCUGUCACCGCUACAUGGCGCUGUUCGGCGGCUGAAAUUUGCCGCAUGAUAUUGCGGCGGCGUCUUUUCGCAUAGUCCAUGGUUAACUAAAAGAUAUAGGUUAGCGUGCGGCAACAGCAAAACAUACUUUUGGUGCGAUAUCAAAAUGUCGAUCGGCGUUCCAAUAAAAGUGCUUCACGAAGCGGAGGGUCAGACAAUAACGUGUGAAACUAACACCGGCGAGGUUUAUCGUGGGACACUUAUAGAAGCUGAAGAUAAUAUGAAUUGUCAAAUGCAAAAUAUUUCAGUGACUUACAGGGACGGCGAAACAAGUAAACUCGAGAAUGUUUACAUUCGAGGUUCGAAAAUUCGCUUUCUGAUUUUACCAGAUAUGCUCAAGAAUGCACCCAUGUUUAAGAGACCUGGCGGGAAAGGUUCGGGAACUGCGGGUAGAGGAAAAUCUGCUAUUCUGCGAGCUCAAGCUCGUGGAAGAGGUCGAGGGCAGAACCAAAGAGGCAGGGGUACUGGCUCAGCACCUUGGCUCAAUCAACAAAAUCAACCAGGGGGUUCCCAAACAGGACGAGGAAGAGGAUAACAAUAAUUAGCUUUAUAGCAUAUAAGAAUGUUUAAUAUAAGACAUCUGAAUCAAUCACCUUGCUUACGAUCUUACCUCCACAUACUUUGUAAUACCAAGUCUGCUUUGAAAUUACAACACAUGUGUCACGAUGUGGAUCUUAAUAAGAAUUCUUAAGAAAAAA